AAGUGGCCCCAUAAGGUUUAAUCCUUCCAGCGUUGAUCAUCAGAACUUCUCUUACGGUCACUCAACCCACCGGAUCUAGGGUUUUAGCCUUUCUCAUAUCUUUCACUCUAAAAUAUUUCCCCGAACAACUUCACUUCAAUUUUCUCUUUCCUACCAAGCUAUGGAGUCCAGAGAACCCGACACCAACUACGAGGCCGAGGUUAACGACGACAUCAACGAUAAUCCUUCCUCCCAUCACAACGGUGAUGAUGACGAUAGGUCUCAGCCUCUUACUGGCGAUGGCGCUAGUCCUGGAAAGAUAUUCAUAGGAGGUUUAGCUAGAGAAACAACUGCUGCGCAAUUUGUCAAGCAUUUUGGCAAGUAUGGUGAAAUCACAGAUUCUGUAAUAAUGAAGGAUCGGAGGACGGGUCAACCACGUGGAUUUGGCUUCAUCACUUAUGCAGAUCCUGCUGUGGUGGAUGCAGUCAUUCAGGAUACUCACAUUCUAAACGGAAAACAAGUUGAAAUCAAGCGGACAAUACCGAAGGGUGCAAUUGGCUCAAAGGAUUUCAAAACAAAAAAAAUAUUUGUUGGCGGAAUUCCUACAUCAGUGAAUGAAGAUGAGUUCAGUGAUUUCUUUUCCACAUUUGGUGUGGUAAAAGAGCACCAAAUAAUGCGGGACCAUGCUUCUAAUCGUUCCCGAGGCUUUGGAUUUGUUACUUUUGAUUCAGAAGAAGCUGUUGAUGAACUUUUGUCAAAGGGAAACCGGAUAGAGUUUGCUGGAACUAAGGUGGAGAUAAAGAAGGCAGAGCCAAAGAAGCCAAAUGCCCCCCACCUUUCCAAACGCUAUAAUGAUUCAAGGCCUUCCUAUGGUGGGGGAUUUGGCAACGAUGCAUAUGGUGGUGGGUAUGGAGGGGGUGGUUAUGGUCCUGCUUCCUAUCGAGCUGGCGCAGCAUAUGGGGCCCGAGCUGGCGGAUAUGGUGGGUAUGGUGGAAGUGAAUUUGGCAGUUAUGGAGGAUAUGGUGCAGGUGGAAUGGGUGCAUAUAGGGGUGACCUCUCUUAUGGAUACUCUGGCCGUUACGGUGGUGGUGGCUAUAGUAGAGGUUAUGACAUGGGUGGUGGUGGUGGAUAUGGUGGGCCCAGUGAGGGCUAUGGGGCUUAUGGAGGGGCUGCGGCUGGAAGCGGAUAUGGAGGAGGCUAUGAUUCUGCAAUGGGAGGUAGCUAUGGAGGCAGUAGUGGAGCGUCUUUAUAUGGCAGUGGCAGUAGCAGUAGAGGAGGAUACAGUGGAGCAGCAGCAAAUGGGCGUUAUCAUCCAUACUCCAGGUAGCAAGAUGGUAGAAGAAAGGGUGUUAUGGUUCCCUGGAUAAAAUCCCUCAAAAGGACUGCCUUUGCUUCUGCUAGUUUGAUGUAUUCUGUUUGCUUUUCACUUUAGUUUUUGUUUGGCAUUAUAUGAUAGGAAACCUGAGCUCUUGUACUGAUGGAGGCCAAUUUGUUCAUUGUACCAAUGAGUUGAUAUUUCAUUCAUGGAGAUUAUAAUUUACUUAAAUUUUACUUGCUAGCUUAUGAA